AUGGAACGUCACCGCCGUGCAGUAAACACUCUGGAGGCGGACUUGAUCGCAGAUCUUGAAAAUGAGGAUGACAACGAUCUCGGAGAACGCCUAGAUGUCCACAGCUCUGUGAAUUCAUCGCAGAUCGAGGAGGCAGCGAUGCCAUACAGCGGAGGUUUCCUCAGCAGCAUAGGCGACACACGAGGGCCACGAAGUUCAUUCGGAAGCCUGCAUGCAGCAGGCGCCGGAGAUGAUGGAUCCGAAAAGUAUGCCACAAGUUUGCGAGUAAAACCUCGAAGUCCAACUGCCGAAAGCAUGUUUCGGACGCAUUCGUGUCGUCAUUUGUUUCUUUUGACACAAACUGGAAGAUCUCAGGUUAAGGCACUGUUAGCGUCAGCAGAUCGAGGGGACCUUCUGGGCGGAGCGCUGGAGCUGAAUGCGCCAUCUCCGCCGACGCCUUGCAUGGAAACAGUGGAAGAUACUUCAGCGAGUUCCUCAGAAGCUUUUGAACGGAAAACAGCGGGAACAUUGUGUCUGCCGCCCGCUUCUGAUCAGCUGACACAAUGGAGUAGCCAGCGGGAAUGCAGCGCUUCGGCACCAGGGGGCAGAACUUUGUUCGUCUCAGACUACUAUCGUACCCUUCUGACAAGUGACGGCGCUGCCGGCCACGAAGCCUUUUCAAGUCCAAAUCUCACAUCGGGGACAACUGCCUUGGUGGAGCCGAGCCUUCGGGAGCCUAGUGACUCGGCUUCAGGAGACGACAGAACAGGGUCGCCUGCAGGGUGGUGUGGAAACAGGGUAUUUUGGGAGACCACUCAGACCUCUGCAGAGGAUGAAGAACGUGGAGGCGAGACGCCUUCGGACGCGGCUGUCAACCUAGAUGAGCCGUUUCUCCUUCUUCUACUUUUGAAAUUUCUAGGCGUGCCCAUGUAUGGACGUUUAUGCUGUGUCAGCAAAAGCUUGAAGGAGGCAUGCGAAGGGCGGUACCGUAGAAGCGCAACUGCAGUCCAUCUUGAAGACUCAGAAGAUCCGCGGGAAGAAACUCAAACCGGGGGAACUAGAUAUAUGAACUCGUCAUUCCACGACGGGACGCCUUCGUCGUUGAUUCCUAUGCCUGAAAGAACAUCGGGCGAGGCAAGCCGGAAUCUUCCAUCUUCAGCCGCCACUGCGUUCGAUGACUCGUUUGUAUCCGAUAACGGAGAGCUGUGGCUUGGUUUUCUGAGGACUCACUACAUGGGAUCCUUUAACGAGGACCUUGAACUAUUGGAAGCCUCUCGACGUCGCGCGUCGGGAAACGAAUGCACUGAUAGAGCGUUCAAGGCUGUAGCGUUGCGCCAAAAAGUGUUCAACACUAACGGCACCAUACCGCAGAUCAGCUCUCUCCCGGAGGAUGUCGAAUUUCCACGAAAAAGGAUACACCGGGACGAAAAGCAUGCUAAACAUGAGCUGCAGGAACUCCAGGAUCGAAUCCAAGUCGAUGAGCCACAGGGACCGGACAAGGUUGGUACACAGCAGAGGCGACAGCCUCCCACCGAUCAAGAAGAGUUUGUGACUGGUAUUUUUCAAUCGGCGAACGGCAGUGGUCGAGAUUUCGUGUCUCAGGGGGUCCAUGGAUCAGAUGGCAAUGAGGAAACAGAGAGAGACUUGAAACAUAGGCGACUCCGUGAACGAUGCCCCAAUGGUGCAUGCGCCAGUGGGCCGUUGGGGUUAGAUUUAUCGAGUAGUGCCUGGAGGGAGCGCAGUGUUGGCAGUGUAUAUAUACCCGUGCAAGGUAGCCUGGAGCCAUCGUUUUAUCGCGCGGCAAAGAGUCCUGCGGAGGGGAACACAACCUGGUGUAACGCACCUUGUGGAACAAACGUUACAGUGACACCUUUGACGCCAGCAGCACAAGAGAAUCCUGGGUAUGAACAAAGCCAGGCUCCACUUCAUUGUGGAGAGAGAGAGAGAUCUGAGAACCCCAGGGAAGGGGAUGAUCCAAGGCAUGCGACUCUUGGGAGGAGAAAUACACCAGACGUCUCUCGAACAGUCGGCAUCGCCGUGGACACUGCCGCCGGGAGCGGGGCAGCCGUUCGUGGAUUGUGUGGAAGCGCUGUGACAUACAUCUCCAAAGACACAGAGACCAGGCCCGAUCGGAGUUCAGUGAACUGGCCAGAUGAGGAUGAAGAACUGCAUAGAAGCGCCAGGUCCGCUAGUUCGACCACCGUUCUUUUGAGAGAAGUGGCGGAACACAGAACACGCGUUUCGGAGUCCGGCGACGAGAUAGACCCUCUGCUGCUUUGCGUCUCCGCUCGCUUAAGCUGCAUGAUUCUGGUGACAUCCGCCAAGAUUGCAGGAAAGUGGCGCGAGCUCGGCCUCGUGACUGGAUGGCGGUGGUUUCAGCGCAACGUGCUUCGACGAAUGACUCGGUCUCAACUGAAACAGUGGGCAGUAAAGACUCACCGAGCGUCUACUGCCAGCGCUACCGCAUGGACAAAAUCGCUUUCUCCUCGAGUUGCUGCCCUGGCCGGAGACUCGAUCGACCUACCGGAAGGGGUGGCAAGAAGUAGCGACCACAUCGCAUGGAAGAUGACGACCAUGAACUGGGAGCUCUUGUAUGAGUCAGUUCAAACUGAAAUGGGCUACCGCGCUCGAAUGUUCGCAGAGAAGCUCUUUGAGUCACACCAGACACAUAUCGACGCAAUCGGGCAAAUCGUCGAGGAUCGUUUCGAUUUGGAGCAGCAAUUACUAUGCCUUCCUGUGUUCUGCGAGGACUCGAAAGACACGGAAGUUACCGGACAGGUUUCAUCUUCUGCUUCGAAGGAAUCGAAUGAUGCCGCAACGGACAAAGCGUCAAAGAGCCGUACUCAUGUUCCGCGAUGGAAGAGAUGUGUGCCGAAGCUGCGGAAGCUUUCCGAGGGGUCGUUUGAUCUUCUUAAAGCCCUGAACGAAGCAUGGGACGAAUACGAAGAGUGGGCGGAGAUGGCGUGCGAUGCCUUGGAUUGUUUGGACUUUCGGAUCACGCAGGAACGGGAGGCGUGCGAUCAGCGGUGGCCUCACACCCCGAACCUCGGGGAAGCUGCUAAGCUGCAGUUCAGGAACUUCUGUUUCUUCCAUUCCCGGCUGAUGCUGUGCAUUGCUGCGAGCGUAUACGCUCUAAUUCACGAGCUGGAACACCAAGUCGCCCAACCUUCAGUCACCGUGUCCAGCAAUCCGUCAGCUUCCUCUCCAGAGUGGCUUCAGUCGAAUCACGAGGUACCAAAGGUGGUCCAUAUUUCCGGGGAACCAAGCUCCCGUACAACACAGGGGGAACGCGCGACCCGGACACGCGUGAGCAGGGCUGUAGAGCAGUUUGAAGCGUUCAAGCAGCGCAUCGAGGAGUUGGACGUUGCCGAUGAUGGGUUAGGUUCACUGUCGACUCGGGAAGAUUUCCGGCUGUUUUUCUUGACACCCGUGAAAGAAACAAGCAGUCGCUUGUCGCCUGGAUCAUGGAAGUUUUCGUGA